CUUUGCGUUCCCGCGCCCUAGCUGCCCCUUCCGUCCAGCCGUCCCUCCUUCCAUCAGUCGUUUCCCCCUCCUCCAGAACGUGUGCCUGGCUCCUGAUCUCCCCUGACGAUGCCGAAGAAAUCUAAUUUGCAGAUCAGCAGCUGGAACUUCAACCCGCACCGAGUGUUGGCGAAUGCGGACAUGCGGCCGGGGACCCACCUCAUUUGGCAGCGGUCAGUGGGGGGGUCCGAGGAACAGCUCAAUGAGCACAUCAAUCAAGCCCUGAUGCGAAGCCAACCACCACAACAGCCGGUGAGUGUGACGCACACGAAUGCGUGAUGCAUCGACAGAAUGAACGAAGAGCAGCACCGGCUGGCAUCUGGCUGUCUGGCUGUCUGUGUGUGUACCGUCGCUCAGACUCGAUGGCAGAGGUACUUCGCGAGGAACAAGGCAUUGCUGGCGGCCCUGACGGUGAUAUUUGGGGGUGCGUCCGUGGUGAUCUACCUGGGUAAUACCUGGAAGCCGCCCGGCUUCACCGACAAGAGCAGGAAGCUCCGCAAGGAGAUUCUCGAGCAGCACUUCCACGAGGUCUGACGGCUGCCUGCCUGCCUGCCUGGCGUGUCUGUCCACCCUCCUUGUUUUGCGGAGGGCUGGGCUGCGAGGGAGGGAAGGAGGGCUGGGGUGGGGUGGGCGGCUGUCCAUGGAAGGCGGGGCGUGUGUAUUGACUGUUUGCUGACAGACCUUUCAUGUCUGGUGGGCUGUCUUGCAGUUUGAGUGUGUACAAUCAGUCAGUGAGUGUGUUCCGUGUACCCUUGCUUUGCUGUUGCCACUUGUGCCUGCUGUGGGAGGGAGACGAGGCACACAGACACACCACAGCACCACGGGUGCAGUUGCUGCGAAGAGAGAGAAAGGCGAGAUGUAUCAGUUUUUGUGGGUGUGGUUGUAGUUGAUCGACAGUAUGUUGCAAGACCCUGCAACGACCACCCAAGUUUGUCAACUGUGG